AUGAAGGGUUUCCUCCGAGAGAUGGGCUUCGGGCGGGCGCCCCACAACCCUACAGACGAUGUCUUUCAGCUCAACGUGAUGGACAGGGCGGGAGCCAUUAGCAACAUGAUGGGCUGGACUAUGCUUAAGUUCGACCAAGUCCUGGACCCGGUGAAGCUGCGAGAGACGCUCAUCAGCGUCAUAAAUACCGGAGACUGGAAGAAGCUCGGCGGCAGGUUUCGCAGGAACUCCAAAGGCCACUUGGAGAUCCAUGUACCCAAGGAGUUCACCGAACAACGGCCAGCACUGGGCUUCUCAAACGCAGUCCAUACAUGCCGUAUUCAAGAUCACGAGCUAGGUCGGCAGCUGCCAGCAUAUGAGCCGGAAGACGUCUGUCUGGCGCCAUCGCCCACGUUAUUUCACGAAUUUGCACAGCCAGAAGGCGUGCCCCAGACCCUAAACGACUACCUGUGCUCGGAUCUCCCGCAACUGUGGCUUCAUAUUGUGUCUUUUGAGGACGCCACGUUGACAUGUUUGACAUGGCCGCACGCAACUAUGGAUGGUGCUGGGUUGAGCGAGCUGUUGAUGGCAUGGGCAUACACGCUCGCCGGUCUCCCAAAGGAGGUACCGCCCUGCCUGUCUUUGAAGUACGACCUGCUCGACGACCUCGUCUCGGAUGCCCCUGACAGGAUCAUGAUCAAAGAAGAGAGGUACUUCAACGCAGACAAGGUGGUAUCCUUUGCACUCAUGCGGAUUAUGUGGUUGGUGAUGCUUGUUGUACGCGCCUUCUUCGCGCCGAAACAGGAGGUCCGCAACAUCUGGGUGCCAAAGCGUGUCAUGGACAAGAUUCGACAAGAAGCCUUGGCAGGGCUGGAGGCAGCGAACGAGGGGGGUGAACUGGGCUUCAGCGAGGGGUUGACCUCCACGCCUAGCUCAACUGCAUCCUCCAAGAAGGGCAAGGAAUAUUCCAGCAGUGAAAUCUUCCCCGGCGGCAUCGUCCCAGAUCGAGCGUCGGGCCGGCCCUUCAUUAGUGAGAGUGACGCCUUGAUGGCAUUCUUCACCAGGGCGGCAUCAAGAGCUUUGCCAGCCAAAUCUCGCCGCACUGUCAACAUCUCCAUCAUCCUCAACAUCCGUGACCGCCUCCCGUCGUUGACUGCACGACUACCAAAGCCCGGAGUUUUCGUCUCCAACCUCGCCAUGUCAGUCCAAGCUCUGAUUCCAGCCCAGGCCGUGAUCCCCAAGGACAACAAGGACCCCGCUGCAGAGAAUAACUUUUCAUCUCUUGGUUUGACGGCGGCAUCGGUCAGGUCGAGCCUGCACGCCGGCCUCACGGAGCCGCAGCUCCGCGCUCUUGCCAAGGUUCAAUUGAAAGCAUACCAAGCCCGCCUCAUCGGCUUCCCCAUUCUUGGAGGCAUCGAUUCCUUCCAAAUCCUCUUCAGCAGUCUUAAAGUGGGGCCACUGUUCGAGAUGAACGUAUUCGCGCCAGCCAUCGUUAAAAAAGAAGAGGAGAAGCCGCCGGUCGACAAGGGCAAGGUUGUCGAGGCGGUGGCCGACGCAGCAUCUCAAAUCGCAGACAAAGCAACCGGCAGCGCUGGCCAGGACGCCGCCGCCGCAGCUGUUCCGGGUAGCUCUGGAGAAAUGAACGAAAAGACCGAAGAGGUUGCUCCAGCUUCCAGCCAGGAGAAAAAGACUGAAGUGUCCAAGGAGACGCGCAAGAAGCUUCCAAAAGGCUGCACCCCGAUCGGUAUUUUGGUCAUUCCCAGGAAGUCAUCUUUUAUGCUGGCCAAAUUGCAGCUGUUCAUCUUUGCACGAGGAGCAAACGGUGCCUGGGUUCAGGUUUCAUUGGAGAACACAGCCGGCAACGUUACAAACGAGCCCGACUGGGUCGUGGAGCAGGCUCUGAAUCGAAAAAGGGACGAGCUGGCCAAGCGCUGGCAAGAAAGAGAGGAGCGCCUCAGACAGAUUCGAGACAAGGAGCAACGUGAUGAGAAACGUGCGGCUAAGCGGCGACGCCUGCUCGAGGAGGAUCGGCAUGUCCGUUCCAGAGGUCAAGCACCCGAUGAAGAAGAGGAUGAGUUCCUCCUCGACUGGGAUGGUGGUGGCGGAGAAGCAUCGGCUUUGGGUGAUGCCUCAGGUGGACUCAGCAAGGAGACGAAAGAGCUUCUUGAGAAGGUUGGGCUAGGCUUUUCAAAGCAGGACGCCGGGACGGAUGACGAUAUUGAAGAAGACGUCAAGAUUUUUUAUACUUCGAGGACGCAUUCCCAACUCACGCAAUUCAUCUCCGAGCUACGACGUCCCAAUUUCCCCUCUUCAUUUCCCGGGGCAGACGAUUCUUUGUCUUUGAAGACUGGGACCAAAACUCACGAAUGCGUAAAGCAUGUGCCGCUGUCAUCACGCCAGAAACUAUGCAUAAAUCCAGCGGUAGCACGUCUGGGCAGCGUGGCCGCCAUCAACGACCGCUGUACCGAGCUGCAGAAGACCAAGGCAAAAUCAGAAGGCAAAAGAUGUCCUUAUGUUCCCAACCAAGACAAUCUUAGCGAAACUCAUCAGUUCAGGGACGCAUCGCUAGCGACCAUUCCUGACAUAGAAGAUGCACAUAAGCUGGGCAAAUCAUUACAGGUCUGUCCUUAUUAUGCAACACGGACAGCAAUCCCCGGCGCCGAAAUCGUAACUCUGCCAUACCCUCUGCUGUUGCAAAAGAGCGCCAGAGACGCGCUCGGAAUCGAUCUGCAGGGCAGCGUGGUGGUGGUCGAUGAGGCGCACAACAUCAUGGAUGCAAUUGCAGGAGUGCAUUCAGCCGAGAUACGACUUGAAGAUCUGCGAAGAGGCCGUGAAAUGCUUUCAAUUUAUGCAAAGCGCUUUGGCAAGAAACUCAAGGCUGAAAAUAGGAUCAUGGUUGGUCAGGUUGCUCGCGUGAUCCAGGGGCUCUCUGAAUGGCUGGAACGGGCUUUAGAGCAGUCGGUCGCGCAUGGCAUCAUUGACUCACGGGUCCUGCUCAAAACAAAGGGAAUGGACCAGAUUGACAUGUUUGCGCUGAUCAGCUACAUCCAAGAAUCGAAACUUGCCUACAAGAUCGAAAGCUACGCGGCACAUGUAGACGAACUCGAGGAGGCAUCCAAAGGACAAAAGAAGACGACUCGCGCCUCUCCCGUCCUUCACAACCUCAGCAGCUUCCUCUCAGCAUUAACCAACCUGAGCACCGAAGGUCGCAUCUUUUUCGAAAAGGUAACGGCAGAGGGCGGGUCGAAGCAGCAUGAUAUCAAACUAUCAUACAUGCUCCUCUCACCAACACAUGCCUUCUCCUCCAUAGCAUCGAGUGCGCGAGCAGUAAUAUUAGCCGGCGGUACCAUGUCGCCUUUCCAAGACUACGAGACACAUCUCUUCCCUAACCAUCCGCAACAUAAAAUCACAGAACUGAGCUGCGGCCACGUAAUUCCUUCCUCUAAUCUCUGCGUCUGGACACUGGCGAGCAUGAGACCUGCGACCGCAGCCGGCAAUACGGAACUUUUUGAGUUUAGUUUUCAGAAACGGCGGGAAAAGACCAUGAUCCAGCAACUUGGUACUUCAAUCCUCAACAUCUGCUCCGCCGUUCCUGAUGGCGUCGUUGUCUUCUUCCCCAGCUACGGCUAUCUCGAUGAGGUCGUUGCUGCUUGGCAAGAAAAGCCUGUCGCGGCGGGAACUGUGCCCACUUCGUCCAUCUGGGACAGGUUGCAGUCCAGGAAAGCCGUCUUUCGGGAGACAAAAGGCGGUUCAAGCGACCAAGUCCUCGAAGACUAUAGCAACGCAAUACUCGGCGAGAAAAAUGCAGAAGGCAAGGAGAGAUCUCCCACCCAGAACGGAGCUUUGCUACUCAGUGUCGUCGGCGGUAAAAUGUCUGAGGGGAUCAACUUUUCCGACCGGCUGGGCCGAUGCGUUGUCAUUGUCGGCCUUCCAUACCCCAACGUAGCGUCGCCCGAGUGGAAGGCACGGAUGGAGUACAUUGAAAGCUCUACGGUAGCCAGGAUCAUGGUCAAGCAAAACGCCACUCAGGUGGACGAUGCGUCGGCCGGAGACAAAAUUGUCGCCGUGUCAGCCAUCAAGCCGCCCUCUACCAUGACGAGAGAGCAGGCAGUCGCGGCGGGCAAGCAGGCGGCGCGUGACUUUUACGAGAAUGCGUGCAUGCGUGCCGUCAACCAGAGCAUCGGCCGGGCGAUCCGACACCGUGGCGACUAUGCGGCCAUCGUGCUGCUGGAUAGACGCUUCGGCACUGAGCGCAUACGGGCCAAGCUCCCCGGGUGGAUCGGGGAUUCUAUGGCGCCGGUUGGCAGCAACGAAAAGUCGGGUCUUCCGGGGUUGAUGGGUGCGCUGAACAAGUUUUUCAGAGAGAAGAAGGCUGGCGAGGGGGGUCAUUGA